AUGUUGGGACGUGGCAGGAGGGCCGCUUUCAUGGCGUCGGCAGCGCCGAGCCAUCCAGAAGCAUCGCGUCAGCUCGCUCGGGGAGGAGAGAGUGAGAGGCAGGCCCCGAUGCCAACAUCCGCAAACAGCCGAGCGCUUGUGCUGGGCGCGAGCUUGAAGUACAUGGACGCUCUCCGGCGCUUCCACGAGGCUGAUCGUGAUGCUGCUGUCCGUGACUGGGUGGCUACUCGCGGCCGCUGGCUGGAACACUCGAAAGCCAAGGGCGGCAAGGACAGCCUCCGAUCUGAGCAGAAGCAGGUGCUGGCCGGUAGGGAGGCUGAGAGUCGGGACACGGACGCAGGGCAGAAGGACUACAUGCAAGCACUUGCUCUGUUUGCUGAGGCUAACGGCCAGCAAGGUCUGGCUGAGCGCUGGAACAAGGCGCAGGCAGGCUGGGACUAUUUCUAUGAGACCAACCGCCUCCUCGACGCGCGACAAGAGAAGCUCGAUCACCAGAGAGCCGAGAUCCUCGAGAAAUUUCUCCCGAGGAAGUCGCGCAAGAGCGCCAUCAAGGUGGACGACUAUGUUCCCAUGUGGCAGCCCUUCAGUUCCUGCGCCUCGUCUCAGGAUAGCGCUUUGUGCACUGCUGCUUCCAAACUGGCUCCUCCUCCUCAAGUUGUGGGAUUUGUCGCCGUCAGGAGCUUGGAGGGGCAGCAGCUGGCCUCGCAGCAGAUGAGCCAGACAGGCAAGGAAGACAGCGUCCAGCAAGAGCUCGACAAGGCGUUUGCGGGCUCCAACGAGCUGCAGACGAGGAUCAACCGAGCUCGGUUCUUGCUGUACCUGAGGGAGUUCGGCCCCAUCCCCCAGCUCUUCGGACAGGCCAAGACCUCCUCGCUCUACUACCCUGGAGACUUCGAGAUGCCGCGAGUGACCGACUGCGAUGUCCCUGGCUCCUGCCAUGACUGGGCCAACGGAGCUUACAUCGACGGGUUUGCUGCUGCCACCACCAACUGGGACAUGAUGGGCCAGCCCACUCCGGAUGACGCAUGGAAGGGAGGGUACGACACGAUGCCGGGAGGAGGAGCAGUGACGUGGCGGGCGAGGACGACUUCGCUGGCUGAGAGCUCGCAAGUGUUUGACUGGAAGUUGUUCAACCAGAAGGAGAUGCACAUGGAGAAGCAGGCCAAGGAAGCAGCAGACAUGCUUAUGAGCACGGACCUGCAGGACUUGCCCACCAAGCGUCUUUUCGCCACUGCAGACCCCUCCCUUCCUCAGCAGCUCCAGGACCGCAAGUCAGCGGUGGGAGGAGCAGGAACGUGGGCGGAGACGCACGGGGAAGGAGGAAGUUCAGUGCCCACUAGCCCCAGCGACUUCCUGCAGGAGUGGCACCCGCCUGCUGGCCUUCCCUUCGGUGGGAACAUCGCGAGCAAGCCCGUGCCAGCGAGGAGGGAGGAAGCGAAGCAGCAGCGGCUGAGGAAGAGUCUGCGGCACGUGGAGCACCUGAUGGACAAGCAGUGGGAGGGGCGCGUGGACAGCCUGAGGGCUCCGAUGGAGAAGGAGGAGGAGCGAAAGGAGGCGAACGAGGCUGCGCGGGAGGUGGAGGAGGAGGCGAACAGCAAGUUCGGCCUGACCCCGUCGGGGGCCUCCGACCUUGAGAGGCUGCGAGGAAGCGCGAAGAAGACGCAGCUGGACAAGGAGCUGCACGCGGCCGUCGCCUCCAUCGACUCCGCGCUGAAGCCCCCGAGCUACUCAGGGCCCUCGUCGAGGGAGGGAGGGAGGAGAGACGCGCGAGGAAGGGAAGCGAACCGUGGGUCGAGCUCCUCCUUGUUCCGGAGGGAGAAGGUCCGACUGCCGGGAGGAGGGAGGGAGGAGAGGCCCAAGGUCGAGAGCCUUGUGGAGCAGCUGAGGAAGGAGAAGGUGAGAAACCGGCUGCUGCAGAAGAAGCUGCGGUUGGCGGAGCGGGAGGGCUUCGGAGCGAGCUACGAGCACAAGCUGAAGCAGAGCGAGCGAGGGGUGGCGGAUGUGGUGGCCAGCAAGCUUGCUCCCGAGGUGGUGAAGGAGGCGGCGAUGCUGGUGGCCAAGAAGAUCGAGGAGGGAGGGAAGAGGCGGACGAGGAGGGAGAGAUAUGCUGAGAGGGCAGCUGAGUCAGCAUCAGCUCGGGAGUCAGCUCGGAACGCGUACGAGGGGGUGGAAGGGGUCUACGACGACGCUCCUCGGUACAGGAGGGAUAUGACUGGCCGUCAUUUCCCGCUGGCAGGAGGGAGGAGGCCGAGGUAUCCAGCAGAUCGGCUGGAGCCAGGGGACGAGGAGAAGAGGAGGAAGGCGUAUCCUGCGGACGAGGACUACGACGAGGAGACGCGGGCGAUCGCGAGGAGGUGCCAUGAGCAUCCCGAGCAGUGUGUCGGGGACGACAUGGAGGUAGCGCACAGAUGGGAGAGGAGGAGGGCAGGGUUCGCUCGCGGGAUCUACAACGAGACGGAGGAUGAGCGGGAGCAGAGGAGGAGGAUGAGGAGGUACAGCAGGGGGCUGAACGUGACUGAGUACUCCGACGACGAUGAGCCUUGGGACAUCAGGGGAGGGCAUUCGACUGUGAACAGAGGACAGAAAGAGUUUGCUCCUCACUACUUCAACCAUGCCUUCUGGUCGCAGCUCGUCCACUACUUCAGCCGUGACAAGCCCACGGAGUUCUGUAAUGUCUGCGUCGGCGAGUUCAUGACGGGCCUGCACGACCUGAACCUCCACCACGUCCCGGCCUCGCACGUGCCCCUGAUGUGCCAGGGAGUCUGCGAGUCCAACCAGGCGCUGGGCUUCAAGUUCCACCGCAAGGUGCUGAGCAAGGGGGAGGAGGAGGCGACGGAGAGGAGGAAGGAGCUUCUGCGACGCAUCGCCAAGAUCGUCAACAAGAGAUCAGCGAGGAAUGACAAGGCAGCCCUUCAGGCUCCUCCCCGGUCGGCGGACUACCAGCCGGCGGACAUUCUCCCGACUUCGAGCGCUGCUGAGGCGGAGGCGGUCAGGCGCGAGCUGAGAAAUCAAAAGAAGAUGCAGAGACGCGAAGAGCGCGAGCUGAGAAGGCAGCUGAAGCUUCAUGAGAAGCUCGAGCGGGACAACGCCAUCGUGGGGAUGGCAGACAAGGGGAGGACGACGGAGCUUGCGGAGGGAAAGAGAGGAGGAGGAGACAAGAUGAAGAAGAUGGAGGCAGAGGCCAACGAAGUUUUCAACGGCGGCUUCCAGUAA